AUGUCUACCAACGACGACAAUAUCCUCGUUUGUACCAUCAACAGAUCUGAACCACCAUAUCAACCUAAUGUCUAUCUAUGCCAAAAGAACAGCUAUUGUUGCACAUAUUAUGGCGUAUCGGUAUGCUGCUAUACCGACAUCACCCUUGGCGAAGUGUUGACUCAAAUGUGGCCGACAGCCACUAUUUUUAUUUGUUUCCUACUUGUGGCUGCUGUUGUGAAUUGGUACUUCAGUGAUGAUGAAACGGACUAUGACUUUGAAAAAGAGCGUUCAAAAAGGACCGUGAUCAGGCUGCUCUAUCCAACUGAUGAGAACGACACCGUAAAUGACCCACUCUUUGGACCACGAUAUGUCGAGAAAGUGCCCAGGAAAGCCUACGUGAACAAGAACGAGGAGGACGCCGAUGAGCCAGCACCCACUCCCAGGCCAAUCCUGGACGAGUGUUGA